GUAUUGUAUUUAAAACGACAAUGGAAACAACAGCUACAACACAAGUACCUAUAAUAGUCAUACAAAAGAAAUAUAAAACAUCAAACUACUUUAGACUUUAUUGUAGUAAACAAAAAAAUAAAGCAAAAAAUUUAAAACAAAAACAAAAAAGUAAAUGAAACAUACAACUUUAAAAUAAAGAAAACGAAAUAAAAGUUAAAGGGGGUAGUGCAAAAUUUACCACUACGCCUGAGUAGUUUAAGAAAGUACGCGAAUGCAACACCACGUCUAAUUUGAAGAAAUAGAAAAACCAAAUUAUUUAAUAAUAAUUUUUUUCUCUUUUGAAUAAACAAUAAACACACUAAAGAAAACACGAAACAUGCGUUUAGUUUUAUUAUUAAUAUUUAGUUUAAAAUUAUUGCAUUUAGUUGCAAGCGAAAGUGAUAAUGAAAAGAGUUUAUCCACUUCCAUAUCCGGUAUGGUACAGCUGCUGGAAACGGAAGAGCAGUUAAUCGAUAGUGUUGAAAAAUAUGCCGAAGAAUUACAAAAGAAAGUGGAUGCUUUAAAAAACUUAGCACAAGAAUUAAAAGCUGAAAAUCAAAAAUCUCUAAAUAAACGUGAGGAAUAUCUAUACAAUCCCUUAAAUGGUUUUGCUCUAAUCAGACGUAUGUACAAUGAUUGGCCUAAAAUCGAAUUGUUUAUGAGCAAACCGGUGGGUGAAGUCUAUCUGGAAGUCAUACGCAACUACAGACCUGAAAUGCCCACAACCACAGAUUUAGCAGAAGCGUCUGAAGCCUUAAAUCGGCUUCAAACUGUUUACGAUUUAAGGCCAGCCGAUAUGGUGAAGGGUAUAUUAAAUGGCAAACAAUAUAAUGCCUCAUUAAAAUCAAUUGAUUCCUAUUUUAUGGGUUACUAUUUGUUUAGUAAAAACCUAUAUUAUCCGGCCGGAUUUUGGCUAUAUAAUUCCAUAAUAAAUUAUGAAGAGCUAAAUAAUUUUAAUAGUAUAGUAGAUUUUGGUAAAGAAAAACCAUUGGAGUUGUAUGCCGAUAUUUUAGUAAAACAAAACCGUCCCAAAGAUGCUUUGAGUUCAAUUACCCAGGCUUCGGAUUUACUGCCAACUGAUGCUCGUCUUUUGAAUCGCAAAAAUGAAAUUCAACAAUUGGCCAAUACUUAUGAUGGACCAGCCAUACAUUACCCUCCCCCAGUUGUCUACAACUAUGAACGUGGUUGUCGUGGACAUUUCUCUAAUGUGACGUCAAAAAUGUAUUGUAUUUACAAUACAACCGCUUCGGCAUUCUUACGAUUGGCUCCUAUUAAAAUGGAAAUUAUUCACUUAGAACCCUACAUGGUGAUCUUCCACGAUGUGAUAUCCGAUCAAGAAAUCGAACAUUUAAAAAAUUUAGCUAGACCCAAUUUAAAGCGUGCAACAGUUUAUAAUGAUGAAAAGGCACGUUCGUUGGUAGUGAAUACGAGAACAUCGAAAUUUUCUUGGUUCCAAGAUAAUACAGAUGAAAUAACGAAACGUAUUAAUCAGCGAAUAAUUGAUAUGACCGGAUUCGAUAUAGUCGGUUCGGAAAUGUUGCAAGUAAUGAAUUAUGGUCUUGGUGGUCAUUACGAUAAGCAUUUUGAUUUCUUUAAUGUGACAGAGGAUACUCCAGUGGUGGCCAAAGAAGGUGAUCGCAUAUCAACAGUUUUGUUUUAUUUGAGUGAUGUAGAACAAGGUGGCGCCACUGUUUUUCCCAACAUACAAACUGCUGUUUUCCCCCGCAAAGGCUCAGCAGUUAUGUGGUAUAAUCUCAAUAAUAAAGUGGAGGGUGAUGCUAUGACUUUACAUGCUGCCUGUCCUGUUAUAGUGGGUUCUAAGUGGGUUUGUAACAAAUGGAUUCGUUCCAAAGCUCAAAUAUUUAGAAGGCCGUGCUAUAUAUAGUAAUAGAUUUUUAAUUAUAGUGUAUAAAGUAUUUAUUAAAA